GUGGAUGUCAAGUGGUUCGAGAAACAUAAUGAAAUCAUUAUGCGGUAUGAUUUUAGACAUGAAAGUAUAAUUGGAAAGUUCUUGCCCCUUUUAGUAAGCCUGUAAACUUUGGAUAGAUUGAUUACAAUGGGGGAUUCAAACUUUCGAGCGAAAGAUAUUGGUUUUCGUGCUCAGAAAAAGUUGUUGAGUAGAAUGGCCAACAAGAGUAUUGCCAAAGUUUUUAUUGAUGAUACUACAGGAAAUUUACUGGACAACUUAUAUAGAUUAGGAAGAGGGCAAUCAGGAAACAAGAAAGAAGCAGAAAAAGUUGUGAAGAACAUAAUUAAAAUUGUGAUUAAAAUAGGAAUCCUCUACAGAAAUGAUCAGUUCAAUCAAGAUGAGCUAUGGACUGCUGAAAAAUUCAAACAAAAAUUUCAUUCCACUGCCAUGGCUAUUAUCAGCUUUUUUGAAGUUGAAUUUUCAUAUGACAGGAACUUUCUUUUACAGUCACUGAACGAAUGUCGAGCCUUGAUUAAGAACCUUGUGGUGAGGCACUUGACAGAGAAGUCUAUUAACAGGAUAGAGCAUGUAUUUAAUUUUUUUGCCAAUCCAGGUUUUUUGGAUGAUGUGUUCAGUCGUGAUAGCCCCCAUAAAGAAGUUUUAGGGCGCAUUAUAUCUGACAUGCACAAAUUAAUGGAAGAUGGCUCUUUAUAA